GUGUCCCACGCGGGGCCCGCCUCCUCCGCCCGGGACCGUUCGCAGCCAAUUAGGCGCGCGCGCUAACGAGGGCGGCGGAGCCCGCGGCCGCCUGCGGGCGCACGUGUGUGCGGCGUGUGGGCGCGUGGGCGCCGCCGGCCGGGUCGCCAUAAAUGCGCGGGCCGGGCGCGGCGGGCGCCUGAGGCGGUGGCGGAGGCAGCGCCAGGCAGCACCGGCCCAGCGCGGGGCGCGGGGCGCGGCGCGGAGAGCGAGCGGAGCCUCGGCCGCCUGCGCGAGACUGUGCGGCGGCUCCCGGGCCGCCGGGGAUGGGAGCCCAGUAGCCGGCGUGGCCCGAGCGGCGGGAGCGGCGGGAGGCCGGCAUGAGCGCGAGCGGGCCGGCGGCUCCUGGGGACGGCCCCUCGCUGCCGUCGCCGCCGGGGCCCGGCCCGGGGCCCGCACCGCCCACGCCCGCCGCCGCCGCCCGGGACGCCAUGGAUGGGCGCUCAGAGCUGCCCGCCUUCCCCCGGACCGGAGCCCCGCCGCUCGCCGCCAGCGACACGGUGCCCGCGGCGCCCGAGGGGGCUGGUGCGGCCCGGCCCGGUCCGCCGCCGCGCCCCACCUCCUUCUCGGUGCUGGACAUCCUGGACCCCAACAAGUUCAACAGCAGAAGACGCCGCUGUGUACUGCUGGGCCCCGUGGCUCCCGCUGCGUGCGCCCCGUGCGCCCCGGCCCCCGCCGCCCCGGGACGCCCCCCGCGCACGGAGGAGCUGGAACGCCGCGCCCUCGCCGCCGCCGGAGGAGCCGGAGCUGAGCCGCUGCACGCCGGCGACCCCGGCCCGGCGGACGAGGCCGAGGCCAACGGCUACAGCAGCGGCCGCAGCCCGAGCGGAGACAGCGGGGACGAGGCGCCCGACGACGAAGAGCACCCGGCGCCCGAGGCGGGGGCGGCGCGCGGCGCGGAGGAGGCGCGGGGAAGCGGCGGCGGCCUCGGGGCCCGCGGGUCGGGCUGUCCGGGCGCGGCCGAGGCGGAGGCGAUCCCCGGCGCCAUGGAGGAGGCCGCGGCCCCCGGCCCUCGCGGGAACUCGCCCGGAGCCCCGGGCCCGCCGGGGGCCUCGGCGGCGGCGGCGGGGAGCACAGGGACCACCCCGCAGGGCGCGGCGGCGGCACCGAAGCCCAAGCGGAAGCGCACGGGCUCCGACUCCAAGUCUGGGAAGCCGCGGCGUGCGCGCACCGCCUUCACCUACGAGCAGCUCGUGGCGCUGGAGAACAAGUUCAAGGCGACACGCUACCUGUCGGUGUGCGAGCGCCUCAACCUGGCGCUGUCGCUGAGUCUCACCGAGACGCAGGUGAAGAUCUGGUUCCAGAACCGCCGCACCAAGUGGAAGAAGCAGAACCCGGGCGCCGACACGAGCGCGCCGACCGGCGGCGGCGGGGGUCCGGGGCCGGGCGCGGGGCCGGGCGCGGGGCUGCCCGGCGGCCUCAGCCCGCUCAGCCCGUCGCCGCCCAUGGGCGCGCCGCUCGCCAUGCACGGCCCGGCCGGGUACCCGGCGCACGGCCCCGGCGGCCUGGUGUGCACCGCGCAGCUGCCCUUCCUGUCAAGCCCGGCCGUGCUGUCGCCCUUUGUGCUGGGCUCGCAGAGCUACGGCGCGCCCGCUUUCUACGCGCCGCACCUGUGACCCCGGCCCGGCGUGGACUCCAUGCCGCCACUCGCUGCAGGAGUUUUAAACCUAUAACCGACUGUCCGCGUCUGGCGGCCCGGUCGCUCGGAAGCACUUUGCUGAACUUAAUCAAUAAACCGCAGGAGGCCGCACCCGCGUCCCUCAGGCUCCCGCGCUGCCCGCG